UUAGCCGGAGUACCGCCAGAUCAAGAGCUGUGGGUAGAGACGAAGUCGACAGAAGGCAAGGUGUAUUACUAUAAUGCGGUGACACGAGAGACGGCAUGGGACAAGCCAGUGAAUGCAAAGGUAAUGGAGCAGAAGGAAUUGCAGAGUUUGGUGGAGAAUGACGCGAAUAAUGCCGAGAAGGAGAAGGGGGAAGAGGUUUGUGGUGAUGGGGGUAGUGAUAGUAGUGAUAAGAUUGAUAAGGAGCUGGGUCAGGAUAGAGGAGGAUAUGGUUUUAGUGAUAAAAUGGGUGAUAAGAGAAUGAUAAUGAUAAAGUUUAUGCAAAGGGGGAUGUUUAAUGAAUAUUUCAGCGGGUUGGGGGGAGGGGGUGCGUGUUGUGUGCGUCUUGAAACGAUUUUGGAUUGGUUAGAUGGACGGUGGCGAUUGGCUAUGGAAUGUGCUGGCGUGGCGUGUAUUAUUUGA